AUGGGAAACGUCGACUCACAUGAUUGUGAUCGAAAAAUCAUAUCCAAUGCUCCUCAGAUCAAGAGCGUCGCGGGUUGCUGCAACAUGGCGAUGCAGCAUCGCUCUUCUUCUCAAGCUUGGAUUGUUUGCCCUGUUGCCGACAGGUCCACUUCACAUGACGUGCCGUCCGUCUUUGAGACUCUUAGGCCUCUGCGUCUGUUCUUCUACCGUUUGACUGUCCACCCAACUUCUCAUUUGCUCGACUUUCUCGACUCGUUCGCUUGUCGUUUCAUCUUCUUCUUUCGCCUUCUACUAGCCGCCUCUCCUCUGGGCAUUCGUUUCUGUUUUGGGCUCGUGCUUCGCUCGUCCAUUUUACUUCCCAUUUUUGGCAUACUUCUCUGCCCCAAAUGCCCGAUUGCGCGCAGUGCCAUUUGCUUGAGCUCGCCUGGCAUGACGACUAGGCUGGGCGGCGAUUUUCCAACUGGCCAGUCUUCUAUUUGCCCAGUUGCUAUGCCAACUGUAUCAAAGUGGACUCAAGAAGGGGACAAUCUUGGAGUGUAG